AUGGUUCGCAGAGAGGAAGAGGCGCUGCGUGCUAGAGAGGCGGCAGAGAGGGCGAGGGUCGCAGAGGACUACAACGAAGACGCUGAAAACAUGCUGCGGGAGUAUAGAGAGGCUAAGGCGAUAGCAAUCAUCGAACGGCAGAGGGCAGCGCAGACACGCACGGAAAUCAACACUUCUAUACAUGGGCUCCAUCGCAGAGUAGCCGAAUCAGUUCAACGCGCAGUGGCACGGGAGUACGUGACGCUGUUGAGCUCGUUGAAGGAGCAUGUGAAAGAGGGAGUAGAUGCGGCAAUGGGCAGGGCGGCGCUGGAGGGAAGACUUAGGGUGGUUCUACCCAAAGACUACAUGGAGACGAUGAAAAACGCUAUUAUCGCCAACGUCGAGGAAAAACUUGCGGGGGUCAAGUCUGCGAUGGAUGAGAAUUGCCGGAGGCUUGGGAAUUUGAAAGCCGACAUCCUGGCAGCAGUGGAUGAGAAGUUGUCUGGGAGGAUACAGGUCGGCCAGGUUCCGGUACAACAACUCAACCCACCGUCUGCCCCGCAUUUCUCCCAACCUUUCACGUGUGACAACUCCCCAGAUGUAGCGCUCGCGGCGGCCGCGAACAUGGUUGAGAGAUGGGGGUUUGCAGGCCGACAGGAGAUGUUGGAGUCGGAAAGACGUACAGAGACGGGAGGGGAACACACCAGCGUUGAAAGGAAGGCGCAGAUGGGACGUGGCGAACCCAUGGCGGUGACCAGCGUGGGGCGGGCUGACAAGGAUGGAGAAAAGGCGAAUGAACAACGUGCUAGUGAGGCUGCGGAGCAACAGCGGCGCAUGGAGGAAGUAGAGCGGCAGAGAGCGCUCGAGGAGGAGCAGCGUGCUGCUAUAGAGGCGGAAGUUGCGAUUGUAAACAACCCCGCGCAGACAAUCGAUACAGUCUACGCUCGGGCGAAAGGAUCGAAUGAAGAUACGCGUCCUGCCAGCAACAUGUCGGAAAACGGAGAGGACGUGGUUGAGUUGGACGAUGACGGUGACACCGAUGACGUACAAGAGAUAGCGACGGGUGAAGAGCAGGUCGAGGAACGAGUAGGGGAAGGGCCAGGGGAUAAGGCAAGACAGGGUGAGGAUUUGCAAGGCAUGCCGCAGUCGCCUGCAGGCGCACCCGCUGUAGUUUUGUUGGCGCCUUCAAAUGCAGAUGCCGCUCCUUCCACGCCCUUGCAGCAUACUGCCACCCAUGGCGCGCCCCUGGGGGUUUCGGUGGAGGUGGAAGUGGUAGAUGAGCGUCUUCGUAAAGGGAGUGAGAAAGUAGAUAACCAUCAGCAAGUAACAGAGGUCGGCCAAGACAAGGAGGAAGAGAGGGAGAAGAUGGCACAGGGGGAUCCCAUAGAGUUGACAGGUUUGGGGAGGAGCGAGGGUGGUGCAGAAGACUAUGGAGUGGACGUGCGAUGCGAGGUAGGGGAAGUGAAAAACGACGCGGUUGUAGAGAUUCAAGGCGAGACUUCAAACAGCAAGGUGGCAGCGAGGGUGGAUGAGCAUCUGGCGAAGAUAAAGCGUGCAGAAUUGGACGCUCAUUUGGAUAAAAUGGAAGCGGAAGAGAAGCGUUUGGCAAUCAAAGAAGAGAAGGAGAUGGUGCGGGCUGAGGAGCAGAGGAGGGUUCUGGAGUCGGAGAGGGUGCGAAUAGCUGCUGAACGACUCAGACUGAAGAUGGGAUAG